CAUCAACCUCAAGCGGAGUGUUGAAUUGCCAGGGUUGCGAAUCAACACUGCUUUAGCCGCCAGUAUAUUUUUGCACAGCCUUCUCACGAGGUUUUGCAACUCCCAACCGCGACACCUUUCUGUUCAGUUUCAUUUGGCGCGCGGCCGUGUGCGGCCCCACUCCCGGCCAAGCGCCAGCGGUUGCGGACGGCUGCGGGGCACCGGGGGGGCGAUCUUCAAGGGCGACAAACUCGGAACCAUCAGCCAACACGCAAAGCGUCUCCUCUUCAGCCCGCUCCCAUCUCCGAGUCCUCCUCAUUCCGUUGUUUUCACUCGAACAUCCGACGUCCCAUCAACCCAAGAGAAGUUGACGGCCUUGAUUGAUACAUAAUCCUUUUUCUUGCAGUUUUUGGGCCAUUUCUUUCCUCAUCAACAACCAUGUCGGCGACGCCCACAACUGUUCCGUCUGCGGAGCAGGCAGACACGACGCCGGGACAGCUUUCCUUCGCAGAUCUCGAUGGAGAACAUCGCCGACUGCUUGAACGUGCCAUAGCGAGGAUCCUGUCCACCGAACUCGCAGAGAUGACAUAUGCGCAAAUCAUCGACGGGCUUCCCACCGGUGAUGUCGCGUAUGAAUCUUACAAUCCGCCUUACGACAACCAUCCAAUCGACAGCGCCCACGAUGAACUCUGUCCGGGCAUGCUGGACAAGGCACGGCAGUUCCGUGCCGACUUCCAACCCGAUGUUCUCACGUUCAACGCCAAGCUUGUCCAUGAAUACCGCUCCUGCGCUCCAGGUUCAAGAGGAUUCAAGUCCCGCUUCAUUGAAAUGGUGGCUGUUGCAGUCCAUCAAAUUGCCGCUUUGCUCUUUGAGCUCGAUACAAGUCUACACAAGGACGACGGAGUCACUGACUGGGCGCCUCCCAAGUCCGAUGAAAGGUAUUGGAGGUGCUACCCAAAGGGACCUCCUCCUACACUUUUCCGUCACCAGUGGUACAAGGACUACGACCAGUACCCAAGGGGUGUCGCUGAUAUGGUAGGGUACUGGGCCGAGGCGCGCAUCCUCGGCGGCGUCGUUCUAUUCGACCGGCGCAAGCCUGAUACUGAGCCCUGUGAGGAAUCUGGAACUGAUUUCAAGGUCGACCCCGAUGCCGUCUUCUUCCAUUCUGAUCGCGAAAAAAUCACGUAUCGGAUUUACCAACUGCUGCCAGAACAGCGAAGCGAUCUUCUCGAUUUCCUCUUGGCCGAAUCCGCCCCCCCCAGCCCGCUUCCGAUCCUCGGCAAUCAGGACAACCGCAUCCGCGUGGACCCGGAAGAACCGAUCGCAACCACCCGUAUUUAUCGUGAUAUCUGGGAGCGCAAAGAGCUUCCUUCAAACUCGGGUGACGCCAGACGCCGGGAUGUGCUCGACAGUGUGGACUAUCCCACCCCCGACGACUUUUUCGCCGCGGGCCGCCGAGCGCGUGCACGGAUUCAAAGAUACCAAGAUGCGGAUAUAUGGGACUACUGACCAGAGCCUGAGCGUGGCUUUUGUGUACUUUUGUAUGUUGUAGUUAGCUUACUGCCGUGAGUACUGGAGAACGGCAAUACCGAGACAAUACGGAGAGAUGUGUCACUUUUGAA